AUGAGUGGCAGGUUUUUUUGGGAUAACCCUAACUGCUUUGGGAAACGUCUGGCAGUUCCUGGGGUGACCCUAUAUGAGAGAGACCUACAAUGCAUACAGAAGCUUGCUUCGGGAGCUUUAACCGCCUUAGACCCCGGAACGAAGGAGCUGUUGCUUUACAGGACUGUAAAUCAGAAAGGAACAGUUACAAAGGCCCUUAGUUGGCGAAAUUCACCUUGCGGCACCAAGCAAAACAACCUUAUUGUACGGCCACACCAACAAGAGCCCCGUAGCCCAGAGCCUUUCAGGCACGAUGUGGAAGGGCCGGAAGAAAAGGAAUUACUUGAAGAUGUAUCAGCUGAGCGAGACAAAGAUUUGCCUCAGAGGAAGGAUGAAAAAUUUAGAGUUUUCAUCCGGGCACUAAUGAUAGCUGACACAGUCGCUGGGCAAAAGGAACAGCAGAGAUGGGCCCAAGAGAAGCGCGCUACAGAGAAAUUGCGCCAGUCUUACUUCGAUAGCAAGGAAGAGAGGAAAAUGCAGCCGCUCGCUGCUGAGGAGCUGGAUGGAAAUGUAGUGCAGGCGGGGGUAAUGCUAAAGCAUCAAAUUGAGGAAAGGGCUAAACAGAGAAUGAGGGCAUGUGAGGAGACAAGCGCUGCACUGGAAGCCAUGAGGAAGCAGUUACAGGACUCUGAACAAGCAGAAAUCGAGGGGAAUAACGCGAAAAAGGAAAAGAUUAGAAGUCUGCAUAGGGAUUUGAUGCUGGAGAAUGAAGCACUCCGACUAAGACGCAAAGCUGCACAUGCCCAGAAGCAAGCUGAUGAGGCUGCAGCCCUUGCCUGCGCGGCGAAAAUCCAACAGCGCGAGGAGAUGAUAAGGAAGAGAAGAGACGAGAUUAGGGCUUGUGCUCUUGAUAGAAGUGAAAGACUUACGGCCCAUGGAGCAGCCGCACUAACUGCAGCCCAGAUACAGGAAAGUUUACGCCAGGAACGUCAGCAAGCUCAAUGGGAGGCCAAUGUGAACGACGCCGAAGAGAAGAAGCAGAAAAAUAGGCAGUUCCGGGUCCGGCAGCUGAUAGCAAGUAGAGAAGGGCAACUCGAAGAGAAGAGACGGGAGGAAGAGCGACGGAAAAGAGAUGAUUUGGAAUAUGCUGAAUUUCUGCGAGCAGCGGCAGUCGCUGCUGAUGCUAAGGAAGAGCAGCAGCGCCAGGAGCAGCGUAGGCGCUGUUGGCAGGUAAGGCUGGAGCAGGAAAGGCAAGCAAAAGAAAGAGAACAAUUAAAGAAGCAGGAGCGCGAGCGGAUGGUAGCAGACGAACAAAAGGCGGUUGCUUACAUCGAUGAAGAAGAUCGCACAUUCCAGCGAUUCGCGGAGGACAUUAUAGAGGCAGCAAAGGAAGCUGGAGCAGAAUGGCGCAUAUUGGAAGUUACCAAGCAGAGGCUGCUGAGCCGUAGCAGUAUUAGUAGACCCAGACGCACAACUGAGGACGAAGACGAAUAG